GCGAUCCGUCAGCUGAGUCCAACUAGGAAGUCAAUCCAAUCCGAGCCGAUUGACACGCCUCCCUGCGAAUGUGACACGCAACGCGCGGGAACCUCGGGCGCUUGACAGUUUCCGGUGGAAUCUCCAUUCUCGUGCACAUGAUAAAACCCAUCCCCUGCCCCUGGGCGCCGCUCCCCUCGUCACGGACAUGCUCAAGCACCUGCGUGUGGUUGUGCCUACGCCCGGAAGACAACCGGCCUCGUCGCCCACUGCCCGAUUCGCCGACCAAGAUACCCACCACAGCUCCAACACCAGUGGAGGCGGCAGCAUCACCAUCACCAUGACGGCCGACGCCACAGGCCCUCCUCCCACCCAGCGGCCGAUGCUGGCCUCGCAGCGCGCCAAGGAACAAGGCUCUCAGUCCGGACAGGACGCGCCCAAGGGCAUUGGCGCGUUUUUCCCACUGGGCUACAAGGAGGCAGCAUAUCAGUGGUGGACAAGUGUGACGGCUCCCGUCGCCCAGCAAAACGUUCUUUCCCACAUCCCACACAUAAGACCGGAAGCCGCCGCAGACGCGGCAACAGCCGCAGCCGGCAGUGCCGAAGUCGCAAAGGCCGCCGACCCGUACGGCAAUCGAAUCUGGCGCACAUCCAUGGUCCAGCUCUCAGGGAAGGACCGGGCUCUGAACGAGUUCUCGGUCGAGCGGGUGGGCGAGAAGGUCGAUGACACGCUUGUUGUGGUGCACGGUUACGGUGCCGGCCUCGGCUUCUUCUACAAAAACUUUGAGCCCUUGAGCCGGGUCAAGGGCUGGAAGCUGUAUGCCCUGGAUAUGCUAGGCAUGGGUAAUUCUAGCCGUCCUGGCUUCAAGCUCCCCAAAUCCAAGGACCCUAUAGAGCGCACGCUCGAAGCCGAGGACUGGUUUGUCGACUCGCUUGAAGAGUGGAGGCGCAUUCGCAAGAUCGAGCGCUUCACCUUGUUGGGCCAUUCGCUCGGCGGCUACCUCGCCGUGUCUUACGCCGUCAAGUACCCCGGCCGUCUCAAUAAGCUGAUCCUCGCCUCGCCCGUCGGCAUUCCCGAGGACCCCUACGCCGCGAGCGCCCAGCACGAGGCCUCGACCAUGUCCAACGAGUUUACUCAGGAUCAGGAGACCAUCGUGUCACGAAAGAAUCCACCACACACUGGCGACAACAACAACUUCCUCAAUGCACGCUCCAAGACGUCGGCAACCCCAAACGCCACCGCCGCUGCAGUCCAGGCCGACGGUGACAAGAAGCGGGACACAAACUCGACUGGGGCACCACGAAGACCGCUUAAUAAGUGGAUUGUCUGGCUCUGGGACGCAAACGUGUCACCCUUCAGUCUCGUCCGCCUCUCGGGUCCUUUUGGUCCGCGCCUUGUCUCGGGCUGGACCAGCCGCCGCUUCAGCCACCUGCCCGACUCAGAGUCACGAGCGCUGCACGACUACGCUUACUCGCUCUUUCGCCAGCGCGGCAGCGGGGAGUAUGCUCUGCCUUAUAUCCUCGCUCCUGGCGCCUUUGCCCGCAGGCCCAUUAUAAACCGGAUCGAGGAGCUGGGGAGGCAAGUCAUCAAGUCGCCCGAAACUACUGCGGCGGCAACGACAACAGCGCCCACGACCAAGCCGGCUGAGGUUCGGGAAACGGGCAUCCCUGUCGUCUUUAUGUACGGAGACAGCGACUGGAUGGAUGUCAAAGGCGGGCACGCAGCCGCUGAGAGACUCAAGGCUCGCUCCCGCGAGGCUCUCCUGAAAGGCACGCCUGAGGAGAAGCGCAAUGAGAAGGGCACCGCAAAAGUGGUCAUUGUGUCCAAGGCUGGCCAUCACCUCUACAUCGACAACGCCGACGAGUUCAACAAGAUCCUCACUGACGAGAUGAAGGCCACGAGCGAAGAAAGCCAAAAGGAAAGAGACGUCAACUAAAAGUUGAUUUGUUUGCAUGGUGUAAGGAUUAGAGGGUGCACUCCAGUUGCCGAAACAACUGCCUUGCAUUAGAGAUUUUGAAUUGUUGGUAAUCAUUGUUUUUCUUGGAUAUUGGGCAGGCGUUCACGCUGUGAGGUCAGCGCAUGCGACAGCCUGAUGACGGUAAAGAUAGGGCGGGAUGCAUGAAAGACAGGCGUCUUACAAUUAGAUGUAUUUUUUUAUAUACAGGGUUGGAUAUAUUCGGCUUUAUUAGAAGCGUGUUGGUCCAAAGCCCACAGAGCAGUUUGUGAUUGUACACAGUAUAGCUCCAUGAAUCAACGGCUUGGCUCUCUGUCGGAAUCUCAUCCAGCUUCCGAAGCCUUGCUGCACGUUCCGUCUGCUGUGCCCCAAAGCAAAUAGCGUACAUCCAG